GCUAUCAAUUUUUAUUUGCUGUUAUUGGUCUGAGUAUUUUACGCCACAAAAAAAAUCAAUUCCAUAAAAAAUUAAUGAUAAAAAUUAAAAAACAAUUGGAUUCUGUUGUAUAAUCUUACAAUGUCAUCUUCUUUAUUUGUAAACAUAAUAGACUUGGAUUCAGAUGAAAAGUAUGUUACUUGUUCUUUAAGAACUGCUAUUGUUCUUUUUUUGUGCCAAUAUGUGAAUUCUCCAGUUAUUCUUGUUAGGAUUAAAAGUACAGUAGAAGAAUUCCCCAUAAUUAAAUUUCUUCUAAAUAACUUAUCUUAUACAACAAUAUUUGAAGAUAAUUUACCUAAACCAGCAGCAGAUUGCCUUCUUCCAGUUUAUCAAAGUAAUAAUGAUCCAUAUUGUACUGCAGGAUUUUGUUCUUCCUUGCGAAUGCUGAUAAAAAGUUUGGGCGAAAAAUUCCAAUGGCUACUAGGUUUUAGACAGAGUUGUUUAUCAGCUUGUGCAGAAGUUUCAUCUUGGACAAAAUUCUGUGAAGUUGAAAUUCACGCAUCAAUAACAUCACUUUUUCAAAAAAAUCAUAUUGAUUCCAAUUCUCCUUAUAUAUUACCCAUACAGUUAGCACGAUUUGAACGCCAUUUAUCACAACCGUUACAAGUACAUAAUAUUAAUAAAAGAUUAAACAAGAAUUCUCAACAUUUUGCUGUAAGAUUUGCAGAUGAAGAAAAUCCAACUCUUUCUGACAUUCUUAUUUUGCCCAACAUUCAUAUAGUAUAUAAAAUUUUGGGUGAAUCAGUGUUUUACAAAUUUUUACCAUUAACAUGGAAAUGGUAUAAACUUAUUUUAGAACGUCUUCAUAUUACUGAAGCUUUAAAUAAUAUUAUAGUAGAGUUUUAUAUCCAAUUACCUACCGAAUAUUUAUUGCCAGAAGUUCCUCCUCAUUCUUUAUAUAAAUGUGACUUACGUAGAUACAAUCCACAUUCAAAGUUAUAUGUUAAACAAAAUGUCCAAAAUAUACUUCAAUUGUAUGAUUCGUUAAAUAUUGACAUUAAAAAUAAUUCUUAUAAUUUAAAAAAAAUAAAUUGGUCAGAAUUACCUAAUGAAGCAUGUCCAAUUGGUGGUGAUAUACCCGAAAAACGUUUGAUUAGAAAAACUCAACAACUAGAAAAUUUAAUCCAAGCUGUAUUUCAGGUUGCAAAAGAUGGAGAUGUUGUAGUUGAUUUUUGUUGUGGAAGUGGUCAUCUCGGUAUUGCUAUAGCUCACCUCAAACCAAGUUUAACAGUAAUAUUAGUUGAUAAUAAAGAAGAAUCUUUAAGAAGAGCUAAAGAUCGUGUGGAAAAAUUAAAAUUAAAAAAUAUUAUGGUUGUUCAUUCAAAUUUAGACUAUUUCAAUGCAGAUUUUCAAGUUGGUGUGUGUCUUCACGGAUGUGGUGUUGCUACAGAUUUAGUUCUGGAAAAAUGUAUACUGCAAAAUGCAGCUUUUGUUGUUUGUCCUUGUUGCUAUGGUAGCAUUCAAGAUAAUCAUAUUCUGGAAUAUCCUAGAAGUCAAGUAUUAAGGACAAAUUUAACUUUUGAAGAUUAUUUAGUUUUAUGCCAUUGUGCUGAUCAAACACAUUUUGAUCCUAAAUGCUCAAAAACUUUGCAAGGAUUUUCAUGUAUGGCUGCAGUUGAUGAAGAUCGAGCUACUAGAGCAAUUGAAUCUGGUUACAAUGUUACACUUUCUAAAUUAAUUCCUCCUACUUGUACACCAAAAAAUAAUAUUCUUGUUGGAAUUCCUUUAUAAUUUUUAACUUUGCCUUGACCAGAACUUAACAAUAAAAUAAUAUUUAAAUCAUAUAUAAUGAUUAUUGUUGUUUAAACUAUAAACAUAUUUACAAAGAAAUGUUAAUAUAUGUUAUAUACAAAUAACUACAAUAAAAUACAGUUAAUUUAAUUUUAAA